AUGGGAGGUGAGGAGGAGAGAAGAAAACUGCUGAAGAGUGACGUCACAAUCCAGGUGGUGCGAGGUGGAGCCACACAAAAAGUGACGGGAGUCCUGCUAAGGUCAGGUGGACGCCCUCAUCUCAGAAGAGGGAGGGAGCGUCGUGCUCACCUGGUGCAGGCAGGGCGGAGCUUGAUGGCGUUUUUUGUAGGACUCUUGCUUGUGUCUCUCUAUGGAGCCAUGACUCUUUUCCUUCAGAACCAGCCGCUGUGGUUCUGUGUCUACAGCACGGUGGCUUUGGCCGGGUUGGUAGCAUUUGGUAUGGGCCUGUCAGCGGGCGUUCGGACUGAUGUCAUGGUGAUGCUCCCAUCCAUGUGCUCAGCCCGCGGGCGGAACCUCCUCCUCCUCCUGUUUGUGUCGGUUCUGAUCUCAGGUCCAGUAAAGAACACGAUGGAGAACAUGGAGCGAGCUGCUUCCAGCCUGGUGUGUGGCGCUGAGCUGGCAGCCAAUCAAACACAAGAACUGAUGCAGCGAGCAGCCACGCCCUUCUUGUCUGUAAUCGAUAAAGUCAGAAAGAUCAGCAGCAACGCUUACGCCAUCAAAGGAAGAGUCCAGAACUUCAUCAGCGCUCUGACAGAGAGCGUCCGCCAUGUUGCUCGAACCCUGAGAAAUGUCCUCCACUUCCUCGUGGACAUUGGAGACAUCUGUAAUGACAAACUCGGCACUCCGUACCGAAAGUGUCGGGCCGUCUUUGCCGAGGCUCGAAGCGACUGCAAUAAUCUCCUGGGAGAAUUCAACUUCCUGUGUGACAUCGUGGACGGCUUCCUGCCGCUCUGCAACAUCGCUCGUGUGGGGGAGUUUUUCUGCAUCAUCCCAUCCUACGUCGCCGCCCACCUGAAACAACGGCUGGCAGAUCCCACGGUUGCUGCAUUCAAGAAGAUGAUGCAGGAGUUUGACUUCAACAUCACCUCGUCUGUGCGGUACAACAUGGACGCCAACAGCAGCAGCUCUUUGCAGCAGGUUUCUCAGGAAAUCAUGGCUGAGAUCUCAUCAGACUUGCAAAUGUUUGAGAAGCUAAGAAACCCGCUGAUGUACGGAGGUCUGGUCCUGUUGGGCCUCAGCUUCCUGAGGGCAGUCCAGUACAGACGCCGGUACCUCCGAAAGCUCAGCUUCGACAACUUUUACAUCGACUCUCAGUUUAAAGAUCUGGACCAACAUAUGACCUUAGAGGGCGGAGCUUCAGUCCUGCCACUCACACGCAGGGAGGCCAGGACCUACAUCACACCUCUGUCGUUUCAACUGUCUCACAAGGAGAGACGAGCUGUGCUGGUGGGUGUGGUCUCCGUCUUCAAGCACCUGAUGAUUGGCUGCCUGCUGGUGGCACUGGACUUCCUGGUGUUCUGGAUCCUGGAUCAGGUGUACCACCAGGUGAAGGGGGACGUGUUCACCCGAGCUCCAGUCUCAGUGGCGAUCCGAGUGAAUGGAUCUGGAUACGCUUCGGACAUCUUUAGAGACCUGGUGGCCUCGUUCAACAUCCUGCAGGGAGGAAACAUCACAGUGAUCAGCAGGAAGUGUCUGAUGGAACUGUCAGAACCGAGCUACACCUCAUGCUUUCUCCUUGGGUUCCUGUCGGGUCUGGCUCUGCUCCUGUCUCUGACUGGAGGAUACAUGCAGCGCUGCAGACGGCUCAUCUGUGCCUGGUAUCAUCCAGAGAGAGAGCGGGAGAGGAUCCGCUUCCUCCACCAGCAGAUCCUGAAUCAGCGGAGGGCAGUGGGCCGAGUCCUGAGGAUGUCUGCUCUCAGAAACCAGGCUGACCGGGAGGAAGCAGGAGCAGCAGGAUGCCUUCAUACGCUGCUGACGAGGUUACCUGGAGGAAGAGUUCUCCUGCCUCACCUGCAGGUCCUAUUGUCCCCCGUCACCUGUCUGACCUGUGGAGACGUCCUCAGGUCAAAGGAUGAGGACACAAUUACCUGUGAUGUCCCAAAGUGUUCAGGUGUGUACUGUCGGCCGUGUUUCCACAAUUUGGGCAAUAAGUGUGUCAUCUGCAUACGACCUCUGACCUUCGAGGAAGACUGUGAGGAGGAACUAGACUCCAGUGACGACGAGCAGCUGAAUCUUUGGUCUGCAGCUCCAAAGUCGCCUGACAUGACUGACAGCUGCUCCAGGAUCCUGAUGAGGAGGAGGAUCUCUACACCAACACACAGAAGACCAGUGGAUCACUCUGCCAGGGGAGUCAGAACUGAUGGGAACGAUGGAGGACAGACAGACAGCAGCACAGACUCUGAACUCAGUGAGGCAGACGUGACGUUCCAGGAGCAACUCGAGCCCAAUGACAGCAACACCUACCUCUCCACCUUUACAUCAGAAGACUUCCACAUCCAGGAUGAAACGCUCGUCUCCGUCUGCGUUCACACACCGGAUCAUCCUUCAGACCUCCACAACCUUCCAGAACCUUCUCCCAAACGCUGAACCAGCACAGGUCUGAUUGACCUAAUGGAAUUCAACCAUCUAAAACAAAAUAACUAAUUCUGUAAAAUAAAACCUCAGACCACUCUU